ACAAAAGUUAUCCUCACGAGAGCGCACGUACUCUCCCCUUUAUCAGUGCAGACUUUUUGCCUCCGAACUCAUCAGGGGAGAGAGAGGAAGGGAGGGGUAGACGCCAUGGAAAGGCUUCUCCAGUCGCCAUCUUCGUUCUCCAUAGCUCCGUCGAAAUUCCAAUCCAGGGUAUCUUCUUUGCUUCCCCGAUUGCCCCGUCUCCACUCGCCGAGUCUCACAUUCGCUUCUUCUCGCCUGCCCUAUUCCUCCCGAGUCAACUCGAUUUCCUGCAGCCACUACCAGAACCCGACUCCUCAUUCCUCUACAGCAUCGGUUCAGUCAAGCGAUUCCUUGUUUGGGCCUGUUUCUUCUUCUUCCAAAUUCGGUUCGGCCGAUGGAUCGAAACCUAAUCCUGGGUUUCUUGAGCGGAUCGCCAGGGGAGCUUGUGAGCAGCGAAAGUUCAUUUCUACGGGAACUCUCAUACUAAUCUCUGCAAUUACUGUACUUUUGCUCAACCCAAUUAUCGCAUCGCCUGCUUUUGCGAGCUUUCAAACCGCUACGAAAUCUGGAGGCGCCGCUGUUGGUAGCAAACUCCUCAGGACCGAGUUGCUGAGCAGUGCAUGGACGGGUUUCUUUGCGGGUUGUCUGCAUACGCUCUCAGGGCCCGACCACCUUGCUGCUUUGGCACCGCUUUCAAUUGGGCGAAGCAGAAUGGAGAGUGCUGCUGUUGGAGCUCUCUGGGGAUGCGGCCACGACGCUGGUCAAGUCAUCUUCGGUUUACUGUUUUUACUUCUUAAGGAUCGGCUUCACAUUGAAGUCAUAAGAACUUGGGGUACAAGAGUGGUGGGCCUGACCCUUCUUAUCAUUGGUGCCAUGGGGAUCAGAGAAGCUUCCGAAAUUCCGGCUCCAUGUGUUGCCUUGGAGAAUGGCGAAACCGACAUCAACAGUCUUCAGACGGAGAAAACCUCGACCCCGAAAAAGAAAAUAGGGUUUGCAACAUUUGCAACGGGGAUCGUUCACGGGUUACAGCCGGAUGCUCUGAUGAUGGUUCUGCCUGCAUUGGCUUUGCCUUCCAAGUUGGCAGGAGCUGCAUUUCUCACAAUGUUCUUGGUUGGCACAGUAAUCGCGAUGGGAAGCUAUACGGUGUUUAUAGGGUCUUGCAGCGAAGCGUUGAAGGAAAAGGUCCCGAGGAUAACCGAGAAACUGACGUGGGCGUCUUCUCUUGUAGCCAUCGGCCUCGGGCUGGCCAUCAUCGUCAGCCAGUUCUUCGGGUUCAGCCUUUACUGAGAAGCCGCCAUGAUAGAACACUUUCAGGUCUGAACUUGAUCUUUGAUUCUUUGUAUUUCUAAGAAGAAGAAUUUCGAUUGUUUUCGUCUAUUGCUUAUACCAGGAUCAAACUCGUACGUAGCUUCAGAAUCUCCCCUCGGAAAAACGUUCCUGUUGUUUUCUUUUCUCUAUUAUAUUAUUCUUAUAAAAACAAGAUA